AUGUCGUCCGCUUCAGCCUCAGAAACGUCAGCUGCAGCUGCUGCAACAUCAACAGCGGCCUCAACUAUCUCAGCUGGUAGCAACCUCAAGAUCGUCGGAAUCAUCUUGGCUAUCACCAGCGGCGUGCUUAUUGGCUCAAGUUUUGUAUUCAAGAAGAAGGGUUUACUUCGCUCGCAGGCGGGCGGAGAGCUCGGGGAAGGUGUUGCUUAUCUGAAAUCGCCAUUAUGGUGGACAGGAAUGAGCAUGAUGAUAGUCGGAGAACUCUGUAACUUUGCUGCCUACGCAUUUGUUGAAGCUAUUGUUGUUGUACGAACUUCGCCACUUGUCCUUGCGCCAACUCUCACCAAUUCGCUUCCGCAGACUCCGCUCGGCGCCCUCUCUGUUGUUAUUUGUGCUAUCCUGUCAUCAGUUUUUCUGAAGGAGAAGCUUAGUUUCUUUGGAUGGUUAGGUUGCGGACUAUGCAUUCUUGGAUCUGUAAUUAUAGCGCUUAACGGUCCGCAAGAGUCUUCUGUUGGCCAAAUUCGUGAAUUUCAGAAGCUCUUCCUGGCACCAGGCUUCCUAUCCUACAUCGGCGUUCUCAUAACGGCGUCACUUGUAAUCAUCUUCUACUUCGCACCAAGAUAUGGCAAGAAGAGCAUGCUGUGGUACAUUUUUGUGUGCAGCAUGAUUGGUGGGAUCUCUGUCAGUGUUACCACUGGUCUCGGCGCCGCCAUUGUCACAACAGCAAUGGGUAGUAACCAGUUCAAGUACUGGUUCAUGUACUUCUUACUCGUAUUUGUCGUCAUUACGCUCUGUAAGCGCGCGAUUAGUCAGGCUUCAAUUCAUUCUCAAUCCAUCUCUGUUUUGACAGUAACGGAGGUGUAUUAUCUUAAUGUUGCGCUUGCAUUGUUCAACACCGCUAUGGUCACGCCCACAUACUACGUUAUAUUUACAUUCUUUUCAAUGGUCACCACGAUCGUUCUCUUCCAAGGCCUUCACGCUAGUGUUUCUUCGAUAAUCACACUUGUUAUGGGUUUCUUGGUUAUAUGUGUUGGGAUCACAAUAUUACAGAUGUCGAAAGUCGACCCAACACAGCUGGCCAAGUUGGAUCGUCGUUCUACGAUUCUUCUCCAAGCCGCUCGCGCGCAGACAGAAAUUGCCGAAGAAAAGGGCGCCAUUGGGUACGAGGACCCUGGUAUGGACACUUUGCGCGGAUCGUUUGGCACUGUGGGCAGUAUUAUUCGGGCACGUACUAUUAGGAGGAUGAGCCAAAGCAGCAAUGCUGGCGUCCGUGCUCGACCCCCUGGCGCUGCUGCGCCAUCCCACGUAUCCGGCAUGCCAUACAGCAUAUCACAAGACCAGGAGUUCUCGACUAUGAAGCGCCAUCAACUAUACGAUGCGCCAGUACCAAGAGACGAUACCUCCUCCAUUCGGGCUCCUUCGGUCAGUUCGCCAUUCCCAACCAAACGAACGGCGAUCAAGUUUGACAGCCAAGACGUUGUACAUUCAUAUGACCGUCUAGGACAAGGACAGAACAGAGCCACCCAUGAACAUCGUGAAGCCAUUGGAUCACCGAAGUUUCCCCCGGAUGGAUACCCGCCACUACCACCAGUUCCGUCACGGGACACGGUAGCAUCAGAAGGAAACUUGCUUGGGAUGGAUAGUCCACCCCACUCUCGCCUUCCCCCGCCGUCUGGCUUCCUACCUCCAAGCGAUGAUGGCAGCAUCCCACAAAUACUACCCCUUCCUCCAGCGCUUUCUGGAGAACAUCAUGUGCACAGUGCGCCCCCAACGAUGUACGCGCGAUAUCAGCAGCAAACGGGAAGUAACUCGAGAAAAGAUUCGCGGGAUAUUUUUGGAGACCCUGCAAGUUCUAGGGGCACGCUACUGUCUUUCCCCUCUGUGACCGACUCGGCACAGAGUCAAACAUGGAACCCGGAGGAGAUAGCAGCGCAAGAACGGGAGCGGGAGCAGGAGCGAGCGAAGGAGAAGGAGCGAGCAAAGGAGAAGGAGCGGGGACGAGCAGGAAAGAGAUACCCCAGGGCGUCCGGAGACAUCGACAAAGAAGAAAGUGAGAGCUUAUGGAAACGGUCAACGGAGUCGUCGUCGUCAGAAGGUGGGUCACCGCCGAAUGCUGGUGUUCGGCUUGUCCAACGGAAGCCUGUCUCACCUUCCGCUUCGAUGAUGAAUGGUAUAUAUACCAUCACGCAUCCCCAGGUCAAUUUAAUAUAA